AUGCACCUCCUGCAGCAGGCGCCAGCCAUCGACUUGGCGCGCGCGUGCUGCUGCUGCGCCAGGCUGCGCGCUGCGGCGAGCGGCGCGGCGGCCCUGCUGCUGCGGCGGCGCAAGCCCUCGCCCUUGCCGCCGCCCGGCACGCCGUACAACCGCCUCCGCGCCCUCGGCACCGCCGAGGCGCUCGAGCGGCAGCUCGGCUGCCCGCGCUCGAGCGUGCGAGCCGGGUGGCGGGACGAGUACGUCGCACUGCAGACGGAGGACUUUCGGCUCUACCAGCUGCUGACGGGCGAGGCGUGGGGCUCCGAGCACCUCGACUUUUGCGCCGAGUUCUUCGGCGCGGGCGGAGAGCGGUCGGUCGACGCGUGCCUCUCGGCCAACGCGGGCGACAUCGAGUGGCGGGUUACCGUGGCCGGCUGGAGCAGGCAGCACGCAGAGGUGGUCACGCUGCUGAUGACCUCGGGCGCCGCGAUGAGCCGCUCCCUCAGCCGGAUCAAGACGUUUGCGGGCCGGCCGCGAUACAGGCUGCCGGUGGCGCUGGGCCGCCCGGUGCCCUUUCCGGCGUCUGUGUGGGCCGUGUGCGACGCACUGGCGGCGGCGGCGCUGCGCCAGUCCGGCCCCGCGCCGCCGCACCUCUACUCUCCCCUCUCGCUGCCGCCCGAGGCGUGGGGGACCGGGCCCGGAUGCCUGCUAGAGGAGGACGCUGCGAAGGCGAAGGCCGGGCUCACGCUACGGACGCGCUCCUUUGUCAACGCCGAGGAGGCGUCGCGGUACGCGCUCGGCUCGGGCGAGGGGUUCCUGAUCCACAACGACGAGAGUGAGACGCCGGUGCACGCGUCCGAGGUUGUCCGCUUCGUCAACCGGCGCGCCGACGCGCGCGGCUUCCACUCGCUCAUCCAGGAUGCCCCCGGGGAGGGGCUGCGCAGCAGGAGCGGGCCCGGCUACACGCUUCCGCCCUUUGCGACGGUCGUGCUCGAGCGGGUCGACGCGCCGGGCGAGUGGCGCCUCUACGGCAAGGAAAUGCGCUGCCGCCUCUUCACCUGCUCCGUCACCUACUCGCUCUGA